UCCUGUGUGAGGACGAGGGCCUUCCCCUGGUCCGGUGUGCAAAACCUUCAGGUGCUUCUGCCAGAAAUUCCCAACGUCCAUAAAGGAGAAUAAAGUCCGAGAACUAGAAGAACAAAGGCGGCAGCAGUGGGAAAGGAAACGCUUGCAGAAGAGGCACUCAAUGGCCACCUGUGCUUCUCUGGAGGCUCACCAGGCUGUGGAUGAACUUGAACUUACCUUGGAAAGGAACCUUCAGAACCUGUGCCGCACGUCCAGCGUACGCCUGUGUAGGAUGCGCUCUUUAGGGUCGCACAGUCCCAACCCCUUUGUACCUCAAAGUGAACAGAGAGAGAGAAUCCAAGGUUUCUGUGACCAGAGGAAUGCAGAACAGAUGAGGGAAAUGUCUGAGCGAGUUUUACGGCAACAGAUGGAAUAUAAAAGUUCCAGGACUCUCAGCCCCGGACGCAAGACCAACUUUUACCCGGAAUCUAAAAUCCCGACAAACUCAUAUUGCCAGUGGCAGAAGAACCAUUCACUCCCCAAGGAAAGAACUGAGAUUUCUCAGUCAUCGCUUGAGAUAGAAGAGAUCGAACCCCAUGAUGUCCAUGGAGUGAACCAGCCGAAGCCACCUCGGUAUCCACCUCCACCUCCAUCAUCUGUUAGCUGGGUCACCAAGGCUGAAAUGGAGACACAAACAGAAGCAAUGGAAGAGUCAGGGUUGUCGUGUCAACCGUUGAAUUACGAGGUUCUUGACAUUUCAGGACAACCCAAACCUUUCUUGGAGACCGCAAAGCCCAGACAACCAUUUGACGUCACUCCAAAGUGGACAAAACCAUUGGAUGGGGCAGAGAUUACCAGACAAUCACCACUACAUUUUACAAGUGGCCAACAAUCACAAACGCAUCCCAAAAUGGAAAUGUGUAGCCAAAUGCCGCUCAUGUCCGGAUCAGUAGUCACCGGGCAAGGAUUGUUAACGCAGUGUUGGGUGUGAGCCAAUCUCUGAGAUAGCCAGUGAAGGGAUUGGAAGCACAAAAGAUUUCUUGGAGGAAAAUGGAUUCAAAGCUCAGAGCCGGCAACCACCAUCUAAAACAUUGGGAUUCCCACCUGGAUUGGAGAGACCUAAGCCAACACCAACACAUUCUGAUUCCCAGAUGUUUACCCAAUCCUCCAAUCAGUCUUCUCCAGAGUCUAGCAAAAAAUCGGCAACGAAGUCAAAUGCUCAGACAGAGUAUCAGCAGGGAACAAGGACUUGGAGCAAGCAGAGAGAUCUUUCGAAUUCUCAGAUGUCCAAAAAACAACCAGACAAGAAGAAAGAAGUCAGUGGAUCCCAAACACUAGAUCCUUCAGCUGUAGACUGUCUGGAGUUCUGGAGAGUAUCUGGAGAAUCGCUGUCUCUUUCUACACCUGAAACUUCCAGGCUUUCAGAGCUUCACAUCAGAUCUGACACUUGUGGACAACCAAUGACAUCAAACAUACAAAGGACCACGCAAAUGCCUUCUGAACGGGAGGCUUCUGUACCAUCAGAGACAUUACCUGGUCUUGUGCUUGAAGAACAGCAAAGACCUUCAUCUUCCUCAGGGACCCCCAACCAGCACAAAUUAGAACAGGUUAUGCAGACAUUGGACCCGAUUAUAUCCACAUCUCCUGGUCAGUACGAGACUUUACCCCAUACACUGGUCCACCUUCACACUGAGAUCCUCAGAGAAGGCAAUUCCCCUAGACAGUCUACACUUAAGGUUCCCAAACAAUAUGCUGUCAAAUCAUUCAAACAAACACUAGUUAAACCUGCUCCAAAGAACACCAGACAUUCAGUAGCUCCACCCGUACCUCCAACGUCCAGUCCAUCAUCAGUCCAAAGAAGGUCUGAGGCCUGCAAUCCAAAUCAAACUCCACCAAAACCUGGAUGUUAUAUGUCGCGCAUAAAACACGUGGACCAUUUGUCCAUUAAGCAGCCACCUACAGAUAUGAAUGGUCAGGUACCACCCCCACCACAGAAUGUUGUAGAACCAUCCAAUGAAGUAUCAAGGGUGCUACAACCACAGGUCAUGGAGUACAAUUACUGUGCAAAGGGCCUCAAAGAUGCUUAUGGUUCUGUGCAGCGGGAGGCUUCGAAUCCUUGCUCCAAGUGGAAGAGAGAACUAAGAAAGGCCUCGGAAAAUGCAGAAUCAAAGCUUGAAAACAGCCAUAUGGACCUUGACAAAGACAGUACUGAGCAGAAGACUGCAGAUAAUCCCAAAAACUCAUCACUAGGAAGAACCGGCAGCAACACUUCAAAGAAGAUUAAAAAUGACCUUGGAAUCAGGAGAGUCCUUACAAACAAAGACGGAACCUUGGGGUCCAUCAGUUCCUUAGUCACCAAACAACCGGCUUCAACCAAACUGGUGAACACGGAGACCAGAGACAUGAAAGUAAGCUCUGGACCAGCAAAACCACCCUCAACAAAAGUGACGGGGGCAUCAAAGAGAGAAGAGAGAGUCCACGUCCUACUAACAGCGAUUCCUCAAAAACAGAACGCAAAAAUAGCCUCACGAUGACGUCCAGACCUCCUGCUGCCUCCACAGAGAGCCCAGGCCACGGCGCAGAGCAAGUGAAGGAUCCAGUCUGGCCAUCGAAGAAAACAAACUCUGUAGCCCGAGUGGCCAUACAUGUGAUUAAGCACUGUGAGGUCAACUCUGCCCUUACGCGAGGCUCAAGAAGCCCGUAUCUUACAACGCAUCCAGUAUGGAGGUGA